AUGGACUACGAAGAUGACCCCGGAUGGCAGUACUUACGACGAUCCAGAGAGCAGAUUCUUGAGGAUGAAAGUCGCCCAUAUGACUCGAAGAAGAAUUGCUGGGUGCCGGAUCCCGAAGAGGGAUACGUGGAUGGCGUCAUCAAGGAGACCAAAGGCGAAGAUGUCACCGUCAUCGUGGGUCAAGGCAACGAGAAGGUCUUCAAAAAGGCGCUGGUUCAAGAAAUGAAUCCGCCGAAAUUCGAAAAAACCGAGGACAUGUCGAAUCUGACGUUCCUCAACGACGCGUCGGUGCUGCACAAUCUGCGAGCACGGUAUUCGUCGAUGCUCAUCUAUACCUACUCCGGCCUUUUCUGUGUCGUGAUCAAUCCAUAUAAAAGACUCCCCAUCUACACGGAUUCAGUGGCUCGGAUGUUUAUGGGUAAACGAAGGACAGAAAUGCCACCGCACCUAUUCGCUGUUUCUGAUGAAGCCUUCCGUAAUAUGCUUCAGUACGAUGAGAACCAAUCGAUGCUGAUCACAGGAGAAUCUGGAGCCGGAAAGACGGAAAACACCAAAAAGGUUAUCUCCUACUUCGCCGCUGUCGGUGCUUCUCAAAUGGAGCAACUCGGUAGUAAGAAGGAAGGCGAAAAAGAGGUCACACUGGAGGACCAGAUUGUACAGACAAAUCCGGUGCUUGAAGCUUUUGGAAAUGCGAAAACAGUGCGUAACAACAACUCGUCUCGUUUUGGUAAAUUCAUCCGGAUCCAUUUCUCGAAGCAGGGGCGAGUAGCAUCUUGCGACAUUGAGCAUUAUCUUCUCGAGAAAUCACGUGUGAUCCGACAAGCGCCAGGUGAACGCUGCUAUCACAUUUUCUAUCAGGUCUUUUCCGGUCACGUCCCGACCUUGACAAAGGAUCUCCUACUCGACAAACCGGUGAAAGAUUACCACUUUGUUGCGCAAGCUGAACUGAAAAUCGAUGGCGUAAACGACAAGGAAGAGCACCAACUGACAGACGAGGCUUUCGACAUAUUGAAGUUCAGCGCUGAAGAGAAGAUGAACUGCUAUAAACUAGUAUCGGCUAUGAUGCACAUGGGUAACAUGAAAUUCAAGCAACGUCCUCGUGAAGAGCAGGCUGAAACCGACGGCACUGACGAAGCUGAGCGCGCUGCUGCCAUGUACGGUGUUGAACAUGAAGAUUUCCUGAAAGCUUUGAUGCGACCACGAGUGAAAGUCGGAAACGAAUGGGUGAACAAGGGGCAAAAUCUUGAGCAGGUUACGUGGGCCGUUGGUGCCAUGGCCAAAGGACUUUACUCACGUGUUUUCCAUUGGCUGGUAAAGAAAUGCAAUCAGACGCUCGACAAGAAGGGUAUACCUCGUGACCACUUCAUCGGUGUACUUGAUAUCGCCGGCUUCGAAAUUUUCGACUUCAACUCUUUCGAGCAGCUGUGGAUCAAUUUUGUGAACGAGAAACUACAGCAGUUCUUUAAUCAUCACAUGUUCGUUCUGGAACAGGAGGAGUAUGCUCGUGAAGGAAUCCAGUGGACGUUCAUCGAUUUCGGUCUGGAUCUGCAGGCGUGCAUCGAGCUCAUCGAGAAGCCUCUCGGUAUCAUUUCGAUGUUGGACGAGGAGUGUAUCGUUCCAAGGGCCUCCGACACAACGCUGGCACAGAAACUGAUUGAACAGCACCUCGGAAAACAUCCGAACUUUGAGAAACCCAAGCCUCCAAAGGGCAAGCAGUCGGAGGCUCACUUCGCUAUGAGACACUACGCUGGCACUGUUCGAUACAACGUGACGAACUGGCUGGAGAAGAACAAGGAUCCCCUUAACGAUACAGUCGUGCAGGUGAUGAAGAACUCGAAGAAGAAUGCGCUGUUGGUCGAGGUUUGGCAGGACUACACCACCCAAGAGGAAGCUGCUGCUGCCACCAAGGGAAAAUCGAGCUCGUUCAUGACGGUCUCAAUGCUCUAUCGGGAGUCGCUGAACAACCUGAUGUGUAUGCUGAACAAAACUCAUCCACACUUUAUCCGCUGUAUUAUUCCAAACGAGAAGAAACAAUCCGGAAUUAUCGACGCCAGCUUGGUGCUGAAUCAGCUUACUUGCAACGGAGUGCUAGAGGGUAUUCGCAUCUGCCGUAAAGGAUUCCCGAAUCGUACCCUUCAUCCGGACUUCGUUCAGCGAUACGCUCUUCUUGCCGCCGACGAAGCUCUACAAGGAAAAGAGGAUCCCAAGGUCGGAUCAACCGCUAUGUUGGCUCGUUUAGUGAAAGAAAGGAAAUUGACGGACGAGAAUUUUCGAGUCGGUCACACGAAGGUCUUUUUCAAGGCCGGAAUCGUAGCCUACCUUGAAGAUUUACGUGACACUCGUCUCGCCCAACUGAUCACUGGAUUCCAGGCUCAGAUCCGAUGGUACUAUCAAGUGCUUGAAAAGAAACGACUCGUGAAGUUCAUCGCAGCGGUGAAGAGCAUUCAACGAAGCAUCCGCAACUAUGUUAUGCUCCGAACGUGGAGCUGGUUCAAACUAUACGGCAAGGUGAAACCACUGAUUCAAUCCGGCAAGAUCGAGGAGCAGUACGAAAAGCUGCAAAAUUCGGUAGCAGCUCUCAAGCAGACGCUGAUAAAGGAAGAAUCAAUGAAGCUGCAACUUUCCGAAAAUACCGAGAAAAUUCAGAAGGAAACCGCUGAGUUACUCGCUCAGCUUGAAGCUACAAAGGGAAGUAACACGGAAAUCGAAGAGCGCAUGGCAAUCAUGAGCGAACAAAAUGCGGCGCUGGAAGUAAAAUUGGCUGAUGCCGGGGCUCGCCUUGAAGCUGGAGAAGCGGCAGCCGUUGAACUUCAAAUGGAGAAGAAACGAGUGGAGAGUGAAUGUUCCGAGCUUAAAAAACACUGUCAGGAAAUCGACAUGGCACUUCGUAAAAGCGAGGCCGAGAAAUUGAGUAAAGAGCAUCAAAUCCGUUCGCUACAGGACGAAAUGCACCAUCAGGAUGAAGCCAUUUCGAAACUUCACAAGGAACGUAAAAACCAAGAAGAGAGCAAUAAGAAAUUAAACGAGGAUCUGCACGCGGCUGAGGAACAUAACAUGGCGUCGAGCAAACUAAAGGCAAAACUUAUGCAGACACUGGAGGAGUCCGAAGCUACGCUUGAGCGAGAGAAGAGGAAUCGAGCAGACAUGGACAAGUUAAAACGAAAGACCGAGGGCGAUUUGAAGAUCGCUCAGGAAACGAUCGACGAACUGUCAAAAGCGAAGAGCGACGUGGAGAGCAGUCUAAGACGGAAGGAGACAGAGUUACAUAACGUAGGCAUGAAACUCGAAGACGAGAAGGCUGCAGUCGCCAAGUUGCAGAAAGCCAUCCAGAUAGACGAAGCUAAGAUUAAGGACCUUUACGAUCAGCUUGCUGACGAGAAGGAAUCUCGGCAACGGGCUGACCGGGCGCGAUCCGAGCAACAACUAGAAUACGAUGAGUUGAUCGAUCAACUCGACAAUGAGAGUCGUGCCACGGCCGCAGAGAUCGAGCUGGGCAAGAAGAAGGACAUGGAGGUAGCUAAGCUUCGUCGCGAUCUCGAAGAAACUGGACUGAAAUUCGAGGAGCAGUUGAGUACGCUGAAGAAAAAAGGCGUUGACACGGUUCAGGAGUUAUCUGAACAAGUUGAGCAGUUGCAAAAACAAAAAUGUCGUGCCGAGAAGGAGAAGGCGCAGAUGCAGCGAGAAUACGAUGAGGCGUCCAGCGCUCUCGACCAGGUGGCCAAAGCUCGCGCCGAGCUUGAACGUAUCGCCAAGCAGCACGAAGUUCGACUUCUCGAACUUCGUCUCAUAGCCGACGAGCAGUCCCAGCAGUUGCAAAACUUUGUCUCGUUGAAAGGUCGUGUGUUGUCUGAAAACUCAGAUUUGGCUCGGCAAGUUGAAGAAUUAGAGAGCAAAAUCCAAGCAACAACUCGAUUGAAGUUGCAGUUAUCGAACGAACUGGACCAAACCCGUCAACUAGCCGAUGAAGAAGGCCGUGAACGCCAGAACCUUAACAAUCUGUCCAAGAACCUCACCAGAGAACUUGAGCAACUACGCGAAUCCAUUGAGGAUGAGGUGGCAGGCAAAGCCGAAUCUAUCAGACAACUGCAAAAAUCGCAGACUGAGCUUGAGCAGUGGAGAAUGAAGUUCGAGACGGAAGGCUUAAUUGGAGCUGAUGAAUUCGACGAGGUGAAGAAGCGCCAGAGCGCGAAGACUAGUGAAAUCCAGGACGCACUUGACGCCAGCAACACCAAAUUGGUCACGCUCGAGAACGCCCGCAACCGUCUAACAACUGAAGCCGAAGCAAGCCGUCUUGAAGCCGAACGUCACGCUCAGUUUGUCGCAUCGCUUGAGAAGAGGCAGAAAGCGUUCGACAAGAUAAUCGACGAAUGGAAGAAGAAGGUCGACGAGCUCUACCUGGAGUUGGCCAGCGCUCAGCGCGAUUCUCGACAGCUGUCCGGAGAGGCGCACAAGUUGCGCGGUCAGCACGAUGCACUCGUCGACCAGGUCGAGGGACUGAAGAGAGAGAACAAAGCUCUAGCCGACCAGGUUCACGGCCUCACAGACCAACUUGGAGAAAGUGGACGUGCCGCACAUGAGCUCUCAAAGAACAUGCGUCGCUUCGAAAUGGAAAAAGAAGAGCUCCAACGAGGUUUAGAUGAAGCUGAGGCAGCUCUCGAGGCCGAAGAAAGUAAGUCACUACGCUGCCAGAUCGAAGCCACACAGAUCCGUUCCGAAAUCGAGAAGCGAAUUGCCGAGAAAGAGGAGGAGUUCGAGAACUCUCGCAAAGUCCACCAACACACCAUUGAUAGUCUUCAGGCCAAUCUGGAAUCGGAGACGAAGUCAAAGUCUGAGUUGCUGCGCGUGAAGAAGAAACUCGAGGCGGACGUCAACGAGCUCGAAGUCGCUCUCGAUCAUGCGAACCGCGCUAAUGAAGACGCACAGAAAAAUAUAAUUCCCAAAACAGGUCAUUAUGCAUUAUAUCACCUCAAUUAUGGUCGUUGUGACGUAUCCUUCAAAAUACAUAAUCUAUAUUUUCGUGAACUGCAAGAAGUAAUAGAUGAGGAACAGAGACGACGAGAGGAAUUCAGAGAGUUGUUGCUUGGAUCUGAACGGAAACUCGUAGCUGCGAAGCAAGAACAGGAAGAGUUGGUUGUGAAACUAGAUGCAAUUGAACGAGCUCGUCGUGUGGUAGAGCAAGCGGUUAGAGAGCAGCGGGAGCAGAACAACGAGCUAAAUUCGCAAAACUGCGGUCUGGCGGCCCAAAAGAGCCAGCUGGAUAACGAAAUCGCUCUUCUCAAGAGCGAUAUCGCAGAAGCCCAAGCGGAAUUAUCUGCUUCUGUGGAGCGUAAUCGUCGUGCAGGCGCCGAUGCCACCAAGAUGGCUGAGGAGCUUCGACAGGAACAAGAGCGAUCACUAAAGAUCGAGCGUUACAAGAAGCAACUUGAAAGUCAAGUGAAAGAAAUGCAAGAACGAGCUGAUGCUUCCGAAGCAGCUGUGAUGAAAGGCGGUGCGAAAGCCGUACAGAAAGCCGAAGCUCAUCUGAAAACGCUCCAAAACAAUCUGGAAAAGGAGGCUCAUCGCGCUGCUGAAGCUGUAAAAUCUCUGUCAAGAGCUGAUCGCCGAGUUCGAGAGCUCGAAUUCCAGGUAGCAGAAGAUAAGAAGAACUAUGACAAACUCCAGGAGCUCGUCGAAAAGCUCUCCGAUAAACUCAGACAACAGAAGAAACAACUUGAUGAAGCCGAGGAGCAAGCGAACAAUCAUCUAACGAAAUAUCGUGCCGUACAGAUGGCACUGGAGACGGCCGAAGAACGCGCCGACUCUGCCGAGCAGUGUCUUGUCCGCAUCCGAUCCCGCUCGAGGACCGCUAUCGAGCAAAAGUAG